GUUUAAAUAAAAGAGCUUUUAAAUUAUAAAGGUACAGGUUUUAUAUAACUAUUAUAAUCUAAAGGACAUUAUAUAAAUGUUUUUUAAGUUAUGUUUUGCUAUAAACACAGUGUCCAUUAGUUUACUUUUCACACAAAUAUGGUAUUAAAUCCACAAUGCUGGCCCAUCAUGGAGAAGACUUUUGUAUUUUUCUGCGGGGGAAAAUACGAAAGGAUUCCAAAGAAAUCUAAAAAGCGGGCAUCGCAACUUUAUUACCACAAUCAGGACCAAGAUCACUCGUACUCCUUUUUCCACGUAGAAAAUGAUACCAGAGCCUUCUUCAUCACGGUCGGGAGGAGCCGGCUUCACCAUGUGGAUAGCUUUAUGGUGGAUGAAAUGGGAAAAUUCAUCCGGAAUGGAACAUCCGUUUACGACUAUUACACUACCAUCGACUGCGUGUACAGAAAGAUUCGUUUUCUUGAAAGACUGCUUAAAGAUUGCUUGGUUAAGGAAAAUAUAACACAAACGAACACAUCGUAUUCUGAGAUGAUGGUUAUACAUUUUCCCGAAUCGAAAGCUCCCACCUAUACGGAGUCCUUAGGAGAAAACCCCAUAUAUUUUAACUGGUUAAUUUGCCUCCUUGGCCUAUUUCUCCUGCUUUGCUGCCUGAAAUAAACCCAUUUCAUAUGCACAACACAAGGUUUAACAUUUUAUGUAUUUUGCGUUUUUAUUGAGUUUUUAUGUAUAAAACAAUAUCUACUCUUCCUUUUAUUGCGGGCUUCGUAUUCCUUUCUCUUGGCUUUAUUUUCUUCAAUUUUGUAUAGCAAUAAUUUUAAAACAAAUUCUUUUCAUACAAAUUUUUAUUGAUUUAAUCGGUCAGCUAGUCAAUUAUUUGAAGGACUCUCCCCCGGUCUCUCGUUGGUGUUCCACUCACUCCUCGAAAGCAGCGCUGAUCAGUGUUAACGACUUAAGUUUACCCAUUGGCUUAACGGACAUUUUCUAAACCAAGGUGGUGUUUUUAUUUGAGUGUAGUUUUCUUUUUUUUUAUCAUAUUUUCAGCAGCGCUGCUCGUCAAAUUAACUCAUAGUUAUUUUUUUUUGUUUCGUUGCGAAACAUUCCUCACAGUUUUACAAACAAAACGAAAGCGAUAGUUUACACCUCAAUAUUUCAGUUUCAAUGCAACUUUGAUUGCUUCUGUAGGAAUCGAUUGCAUGAAUAGUUUAAAAUUAAUUGGACGCUGUCGUUAUUAUCAUUAUUAAAUGUUCAAAACUUUAACCGAACUCAAAACGAAGCCGUCGGCAACAUUUUCUCAGCUGCGUUUUGAGCUAAAAUUAUGAACAAUAAGUGUUAUAUUAUUUAU